UAGAAAUAAAUAUAGAGGAGAGCGGAUAGUGGGGUAAGGUCGGCAGAGGGGAGAAAUGGAAGAGAGAAAAAAAGAAAGAAGAAGACCGCCGCCGUCGCUGCAGCCUUGCUCGCCUCCGGCGUCGGCAGCGGCGGAGGGAAGUGGAAGAGAGAGACCUUAUCGCGGAGUAAGGAUGAGAAAGUGGGGAAAGUGGGUGGCUGAAAUAAGAGAGCCGAACAAGCGAUCGAGAAUAUGGCUCCGAUCGUACUCCACUCCGGUGGCGGCAGCGAGGGCAUACGACACCGCUGUCUAUCUGCUCCGAGGCCGUUCAGCGCGUCUAAACUUUCCCGACGAGCUCAACGCAGAAGAGGCAACCAGCGGUAUCAUGGAAGAAGUCGCCGCCGCCACCGCUAGUCUUUCGGCGGCGUCGAUCAGGAAGAAAGCAACUGAGGUAGGGGCAAGGGUAGACGCCCAGCUACAACAAAAUCACCCUCCGCUACCGCAACCUUUAACGUCGUCGUCUUCGGCGAAGUCUUCAAGGUCCUGUAAGAACCCGGACCUUAACCAGCAGCCGAGCCCGGACACUUCGGAUGACGAAUGAAAUAUUCAAAGAAGAAGAGAUCCGAUAGAAGAGCAGAUAAGCGUCGACAGACCUAAUCAAGAGCUGAGCGUCGGUUCGGGUCGCCUUGCACCGGAGAGGAGGCGGCCGGCGAGCGGUGGUCCCUACCUUUCUCUGUAAAAUUAUUACGAUUUCUGUUGAGAUUAAAAGGGAAUUAAAAAUUAAAUAAAUAUUUUUUUCUUCUAAAUAAGAAAAUUUGGUGAUGAAAUGUAAGAUUUUUUUGGGAGGAGAUAAUGAUGGGAAUGAUGUGGCGCUGUCAUUUUAUUAAAA